UUUCGUGCUCAGAUGUAGAAAACAAACAAACAAACAAACAAAAAAAAGAUCACGCUCAGCUGCGAGCUGCCGUCAAAGCCGGGAAGUCACGUUACGUCCAGCUUCUUCCGGUAUGUGGACAGCGGCCCCUCCCACCGGACUCGUCCCAAUCAACGACACCUGAGUCUAUCUGCGCCUCAACGUCUCGUCGUCCGCCAGAAGCCGUCAAAGGCGAAAGAAACAAAAGCGGGUCAUGUUUGUCAAACUACAACAAAUGAAAUAAUUCAUCGUUCCGCGUUGAAACGCCAACCCGGAAGAAGGUGCGCACUCCUCACCAACACGCUCGUCAGAGUUUCUGCUGUUGUUGGCGGCGUUGGCGCGAUGUCCAAGAAGUCAGGAAGUCGCCCGUGCGAGACGGAGGUCCCGGUGGACGCAUCCAUCAUCCGGAUCCCGCCUCACCACUACAUCCAUGUGCUGGACCAGAACAGCAACAUCGCCCGCGUGGAGAUCGGACCGCAGACUUACUACCGCCAGGACAACGAAAGGGUUCUGUUCGCCCCGGUGCGAAUGGUCAUGGUGCCCCCGCGCCACUACUGCGUGGUGGUCAACCCGGUGGCCUGCGAUGACAACGGCCGGGUUCUGUUCGACGGCUCGGGCCAGGCAAAACUGAGGCACGCCGACCUCGAGAUCCGCCUCACCAGGGAUCCCUUCCCGCUACACCCCGGAGAGGAGAUCCAGCAGGAUGUGACCCCCCUGCAGGUGGUGUACCCCAACACAGCGCUCCGUCUGCAGGCGCUGCUCGACUUCCUGGACGGCGGCGAAAAGCGCGUGGCGGGAGACGAGUGGCUCUUUGAGGGGCCCGGCACGUACAUCCCGAGGAAGGAGGCGGUUGUCCUGGAGACCAUCAAGGCCACGGUGAUUGGUGAGAAUCAGGCCAUACGGCUGCGAGCGCGCAAAGAGGGAGUCGACCGCGGGGGCGUACGCCGUGUCACAGGUGAGGAGUGGCUGGUGAGCAAGGUGGGCGCGUACCUGCCCGGCGCCCACGAGGAAGUCAUCGACAUCGUCAACGCCUUCAUCCUGACGGACAAGAAAGCACUUCACGUGCGUGCCCUUCGACCUUUUCGCGACGCGGGUGGUCACGACCGUCGCACCGGCGAAGAGUGGCUGGUGACCCUGGACGACCGCGAGGCUCACGUGCCGUCGGUGGCAGAGGAAGUGGUGGGCGUGGUCCACGUCACCACGCUCAGCACGCGCCAGUAUUGCGUCGUCUUGGACCCGGUCGGACCCGACGGGAAACCUCAGCUAGGCCAGAAGAGGGUGGUCAAGGGGGAGCGUUCAUUCUUCCUGCAGCCUGGCGAGCUUCUGGAACGAGGAAUUCAGGACGUCUUUGUGCUGUCUGAAGAAGAGGGGCUGGUGCUGCGCGCCAUCGAGCCCUUCACCGACACCCAGGAGGACGCAGCCUUGGUUGUUUUGCCGCAAAGUCCAAAGCGCAAACGCGCUGCUCAGCGCGAGGAGGCGGAGCCCGAGCAGGAAGAGCAGGGGGAGCCGGAGCGCAGCAAGCGUCGGCGUCACGGCGCUGUCCUACGUCGCCCCGGCGACCGCUGGAUGCUACGAGGACCCAUAGAGUACGUGCCCCCCUCCCAGGUGGAAGUCGUGCUCAGGCGCCAGGCCAUCCCGCUGGACGAGAACGAGGGGAUCUACGUGAGGGACAUCAAGAGCGGGAAGGUGCGCGCCGUGAUCGGUCAGACGUACAUGCUGACCCAGGACGAGGAGCUGUGGCCCAAGGAGCUCCCCGCCAACGUGGAGGCCCUGCUGGCAUCCCCCCGAGACCCCCUGGCCGACCGCUCCGACCACCGGAGAGCGAGCGAGGAGGGGAGGGCCGCGCCGCGGGACAAGACGCAGGUGGUCUCCUUCAGGGUCCCGCACAACGCGGCUGUCCAGGUGUACGACUACCGUGAGAAGAGGGCCCGGGUGGUCUUCGGGCCCGAGCGGGUCAUGCUGGGGCCCGACGAGCAGUUCACCGUGCUGUCGCUGUCCGGCGACCGGCCCAAACGGGGGAACGUCAUCAAGGCCGUCUGCCUCCUGCUCGGACCCGACUUCUUCACCGACAUCAUCACCAUCGAGACUGCCGACCACGCCCGCCUGCAGCUGCAGCUCUCCUACAACUGGCACUUUGACGUGAAGCCCCCCGUGGACCCGGCGGAGGCCGCUGCCCUCUUCUCGGUGCCGGACUUUGUGGGCGACGCCUGCAAGGCCAUCGCGUCGCGGGUUCGAGGCGCCGUCGCCUCCGUGCAGUUCGACGACUUCCACAAGAACUCCAACCGCAUCAUCUGCUCGGCCGUGUUCGGCUUCGACGAGAAGCUGGCGGUGCGGCCCAGUCUCCGCUUCCACCAGAACCGGCUGGUCAUCAGCAGCGUGGACAUCCAGUCGGUGGAACCCGUGGACCAGCGCACGCGAGACGCCCUGCAGAAAAGCGUUCAGCUCGCCAUCGAGAUCACCACCAACUCCCAGGAGGCCGCGGCCAGACACGAAGCCGAGCGUCUGGAGCAGGAAGCUCGCGGGAAGCUCGAGCGGCAGAAGAUCACCGACCAGGCGGAGGCCGAGCGGGCCAGGAAGGAGCUCCUGGAACUGGAGGCCCUCAGCGCCACCGUGGAGAGCACCGGCGCCGCCAAAGCCGAAGCUCAGUCCCGCGCCGAGGCGGCCCGCAUCCAGGGCGAGGCGGCGGUCCACGAGGCCAAGCUGAAGGCCGAGGCUCAGCGCAUCGAGGCGGAGGCCGAGCUGGAGCGGUUGGCCAAGGCUCGCCAGCAGGAGCUGAGCUACAGGAAGCAGAUGGACCAACUGGAGGUGGAGAAGCAGGAGCGACUCGCCAACAUCGAGAGCGAACGCUUCCGCCAGCUCGUCGGCAGCCUGGGCAGCGACACGCUGGCGGAGAUGGCGCGCGCCGGACCCGAGCUGCAGGUGAAAAUGCUUCAAGCGCUCGGCCUCAAGUCCACGCUCAUCACGGACGGCUCCUCCCCCAUCAAUCUCUUCACCACCGCCAACGGCCUGCUGGGGGCGCUGCCCUCGGCCGCCCAGUGACCGCCGGAACAUGAACGAAUGCCACCGGAACAGGAAGUAGAAACCCUUUGAUAGCGAUGACAGCAAAAAUAUUAAAUCCAUCACCAAAAAUUAUGCAAAUGUUUCAAAAUACAGAAGAAUAUCGUACACUGCUUGUACCUUUCUGUUAAUUGUGUCUAGAAAAUUAAAUAAAUCAAACGUGCAAAGUG